AUGAUGAAGUGCACAAAGACGAAAUCAGGUUUCGCAGUUUAAGAGUGUUCUAGCUUAUCAAGAUAGUUCAUUCAGUUGCUUUCAGAGGGUGAAUCAGAAUGUAUCACUCCUCUGCGGCAUUGUUUGUCGUAUUAUUUAUUUUUGUUUAUUCUGCCGGUGGCCAAAGCUACUAUUCAAUAGUUGCCCCUGGCUCGAUACGUUCCAAUCGUAAUUACUCAGUUUGCGUUUCACUACAUGAUGCCCCAAGGCCCGCUACAAUACGCCUCACCCUGUACUCUCAGGCAAGCUCUUUGCGUUUGAGCCAAGAUGUAACUCUGGAGCCAUACGAAUCUAAGCUGGUCGAUUUCAUGCCACCCAGAAUUUUUCAAAAGUUUGAUUAUACCUUGGCAGCCGAAGGCAUAAAGGGUAUAACUUUGAACGAAAAUGCAGAGUUAUAUGCUAUUCCAGAUGGGGGACCUCGAAUCUACAUAGAAAGUGACAAAGGCAUCUACAAACCGGAAGAUGUCGUACAAUUUCGAGUCAUUGUACUCGAUGAGCAUAUGCAAAUCACAAACAUAGUUGAACCAAUACGUGUGCAGAUUUUGGAUGCCCAACGCAAUCGCGUUAAGCAAUACAAGGACAUAGAACUAGAACGAGGUGUUUUCGCGGCCAAGUUUCAGCUUUCUAAGCAACCCAUACUGGGUAUAUGGUAUAUAUCCGUUCACAUUAGCGGGAAAUAUGACAUGGACAGAGAAUACAUAUUUAAGGUGGAGAAAUAUGUCUUACCUAAAUUUAGCGUACACAUUGAAAACGACAGAAAUGUGGCAACAACAAGUGAUAGGUUGCAAAUCACCGUCUAUGGCAAAUACACAUAUGGCAAGUAUGUCCAAGGAAGAGUUGACGUUUCCUUGCAGGAGUAUCCUGGAAGUUACCUCUCCUCAAAAAACCAAACUGUUGAAAUCAUUGAUGGGGAAGUGAAAAAAGAUAUUUUCUUUGAUAUGCAAGAAUUGCAAGAUACAUCCAAGUACUACAUUUAUGCGACUUUGACUGAAAAACAUACAAAUGUAAGCGCAACGGGAGAGAGCGAAGUCUAUUUGAAAUAUAACACCUUUGACCUCUUUAUACCGGAGUCAGGAAUAGUAUUUUGUGAUAAGAAACCAUGCCGUUUUGAGCUGCAUGUUAAGACUUGGAAAGGAAUUCCUGUUCGAGAUCGUUCAACACCGGCCACUAUGCAUAUUGAUGAAAAAGAAUAUUCAUCUCUCUUGAAUGAAAAUGGUGUAGCAUUUUUUGAGUUCGACUAUGAACCUACAUCAAAUUUCCGUUUUAGUUAUAAUGGUACAUCAAUUUUCUUCGACAAUGUAUUUGUUGAAAAAUCCAGUGAUUACUUUGACAAUACCAGUUGCAUUAUUAAAAUGAGAUCCAAAAGCUCUUCUGACCUAUCCCAGCCCAUUGUAAUCGAAGUGUCUGCCAAUCAUACUAUACCCUAUCUGAUUUACACUAUUACCGGUCAUGGCAAUAUUGUACGCAAAGAAUUCAUUCCGCUGAUGGCUAACCAAAAAUCUCAUGAAUUUGAAAUCAAAGCAUCCAUGGCGAUGGUACCUAACUCGCACCUUUUUGUCUACUACAUUGCGAGGGAUCAAUUGCAUUACUGUGAAUUCACAAUUCGUUUACCCCACAGUUUUGUGAAUAAGUUGGCCAUAGCUGCACCGACCAAUGUCAAGCCCGGUCAAAAUAUUACCCUUAACAUUAAGGGACAACCGAAUUCGAGGGUUUCUAUCAUAGCAGUCGAUAAGAGCGUGCUUUUGCUUAGUUCGGACAAUGUUUUGCAAAAACAAGAAAUAAUGAAUGAUCUUUUGUAUGAAAGAACGUACAGAAAACAGUUGUUAAAUGGAAAACAAUUCAUUAAUACCCCCGGUAAUAGUGCAGGAUUACUCACCUUUACAAAUGCUAAGUUCGAAAUUCAUGUGUCUCUUUUACCCCUUGUACCAUCGCGUGAAGAUAGCCCUAAACCUCUGCGUUCAAUAUUUCCAGAAACAUGGAUAUUUAAGGAUAUAAACAUAAUCGAUGCAAAUACUGCGCUUACUUUGCAAGUUCCAGAUACCAUCACAACAUGGAUAGUAGGAGCAUUCUCUGUCAACGAUGAAACCGGCUUCGGAAUGAUGGAAAAUACCCUAGACAUUGAAUCUUUUCAACCCUUUUUCAUAAGUGUUAAUCUACCGUAUUCCGUGAAGAGGGGAGAAAUUGUAACUAUACCAGCUACAAUAUUCAAUUAUCUGCAGCAGAGUCAUCCAACCGAAAUUACUAUGGAAAAUAAUAGUGAAGAUUUCCAACUAAUGGAUGAUGAAAAUAAACCCCUUGUGAAGAAACAUGAUAUACGGAAUAUCACUGUUCCAGCUAAUAAUGGAAAGAGCGUAGCAUUCAGAUUAUCGCCAAAGAAAGUGGGAAAUAUAGAAAUUCGCAUUGAAGCCAAAAAUUCCAUUACAGCAGAUGCAGUACUACACAGGCUACGAGUCGAACCAGAAGGCAUUGCUCACAAUAGCCACCAGGAAGAGCUAUUAACGUUAACAGAUGGAGAAACCAAGAAUAUUACUUUUCAGACCAAUUUACCGGCCGACAUUGUUAGUGAUUCGGAAUAUUUGGAAUUGUCUGUUAGUGGAGAUGUUAUGGGUGCAACUUUGGAAAACCUCGAUAAUUUGGUGCAGAAACCCACUGGAUGUGGUGAACAAAACAUGGUUAACCUAGUGCCGAAUAUUUUGAUUUUGGAUUAUCUAAAAUCGGUGAAUAAAUUUAAAACUCAAGUUGAGCUGGUGGAGAAGGCCAAAACUUUUAUCGACACCGGCUAUCAACAGGAACUGACUUAUCGUCACUCUAAUGGGGCCUUUAGUGUUUUUGGCCCCGAUGCAACAACAGAAAGUAAUUGGUUGACAGCCUAUGUUACUCGCUUUUUUAUGAAAGCCAUGCAAUACUCAGCCAUAGAGCCAAAAAUUGUGGAGGAAGGUCUCAUAUAUUUGUCUACCCAGCAAUUGGAUGAUGGUAGUUUUCCUCAUCGUGGACACCUCUUCAAGCCGGCCCACCAAAAUCAAUAUGGAUUUACAGCUUUUGUAAUGCUGACAUUCUUGGAAGAAAAGAAAUAUUCCCGUAAAUUUAAAGAUGUUAUACAAAAGGCAAUGCUGUUUCUUAACAAUAACUUAAAUGAAGUCCACGACAUUUACUCGCUUGCAAUAAUGGCCAACGUAUUUAGAAAAGCUGGAAAUGACAGCCAGGCUCAAGAUAUUCUGGCGAAACUGAAUCCAAUGGCCAAAGAGAAAAAUGGACUCAAAUGGUGGACAAGCAAUAACAAGCACGAAGAAAGUGCCAAUGAUGUUGAGAUCACAGCAUAUAUCCUUCUGGCCCUUCCAGAGACACCAAAUGAUGAUAUUUUGCCCAUAUUCAAUUGGCUAAUAAAACAACGGAACAGCCAGGGAGGAUAUGAUUCCACACAUGACACUGUUAUUGGAUUACAGGCUUUGACUAUAUAUGCCAAGAAGUUGACGCGUGUUCAGGAUACCCUAUUGAAGGUCCAUUACAUUGCCAAGUCGGAUGAAGGAAGCCAACUGAAAGAGAAAAUUUUGGGAGUAGAUACAGAAAAUGAGCUCAUACUACAGCGAGCGGCGUUACCUCAAAAGACACGUUCAGUGCAGGUGGAGGUAAUGGGCAACGGUCGAGUAUACCUCCAGUUCGUCUAUCAAUACUAUAUUGCAGAUCCACCUAAAUCCGUUGAUCUAGUCGCUCCAAAGGGAACGUCCAAUGUGCAGCAAACUACCACCACUGUCGUGCCAAAUGUUGUACCACAGCCCGUGGUUCAACACACUACAACCACCGUCACCCCGAAUUUCGUCCCGCAACAAGUGAUGCAGCAGACUACAACUACCGCCUUGCCGAAUGUUAUGCCACCUGCUCAAGCAACAAUCCAUGAGUAUUUCACCAUAAUUCCCACGGCUAAUUUGGAUACAUCGUCAUUAAUGUCUCUGGAAGUUUGUUAUACCUAUAAACCGCUGACGGAACAAGAAAAACUUACCAAUAUGGUCAUACUAGAGCUUCAGUUCCUCUCUGGCUUUACGGCAAAUGCCGAAAGUAUUGAGAAAUUACGUGACGAAGAACAUAUCAGUCGCAUUGAUAGUCAGAAUGCGGCAACAAAAGUGCUAUUUUACUUUGAAAAACUGGUGGGUCAUGAGGAACAAUGUCUCACUAUUUUGGGGGAUAAAAGCUAUGAAGUGACUUUACUUAAACCAUCACCUAUAGUUAUAUAUGAUUUCUAUAACGACAAGCGGCGUAACACAGUUAUGUACCAACUAUAGGGGAAUCAAUCCAGACAGUAUAAUUAAUAAUUCCCAUAACUAUGUGAAGUUAAUUUCAAGUAGUAAUAAAAAUUAAAUAAAACAAGUAAA